AUGCCAUUCUCCGACCCGAAACACCGCCGGAGCCCAAGAAUCACCCCACUCAUCCCUCAAAAGCACGAGGGCUCCGUCGAGAACUGCUUCGACGGAGCUUCCUUCUCCGGCGCCGUAUUCAAUCUCUCCACUACCAUCGUCGGAGCUGGAAUCAUGGCCCUUCCGGCGACCCUAAAGCAAUUAGGCGCAAUUCCCGGAUUAAUCGUCAUCGUGUUGGCCGCGAUGUUGACCGAAUCGUCGAUCGACAUGAUAUUGAGAUUCAGCAGAGCUUCAAAAUCCGCCUCCUCGUACUCCGCCCUUGUCGGCGACGUAUUCGGCGGCGUUGGCCGGACCCUCUUGCAGGUCUGCAUUGUGAUCAAUAACGUUGGCACCCUCAUUGUCUACAUGAUCAUCAUAGGUGAUGUGCUAUCAGGAACAUCGUCAGACGGGGUUCAUUAUUCAGGUCUGAUGGAAGAAUGGUUCGGUCAACAAUGGUGGACCACUCGACCUUUCUUAUUGCUUCUAACGACACUGUUUGUGUUUGCUCCUCUGCUUUCAUUCAAACGUUUAGAUUCAUUGAGAUAUACAUCAGCUUUGUCGGUUGGUUUGGCUGUUGUGUUCGUGGCAAUCACUGCAGGAGUAGCUGUUAUUAAAUUGAUUGAUGGAAUCACUGCCUAUAUCUGCCACCACAAUAUUCACCCAAUAGAGAAUGAGCUGAAAGACCCCACCCAGAUGAAGUUAAUAGUCCGGACAUCUAUCACAUUGUGUUCAUCUGUCUAUCUUGCAACCAGUUUCUUUGGAUUUCUUCUGUUUGGGGAUCACACGCUGGAUGAUGUGCUUGCCAAUUUUGAUGGUGAUCUUGGCAUCCCAUAUGGAUCAUUGCUUAAUGAUGUUGUGAGAGUGAGCUAUGGUAUCCACCUGAUGCUUGUAUUCCCGCUUGUAUUCUUUUCCCUUCGCCUUAACCUUGAUGGCCUUCUCUACCCAUAUGCUAUUCCUAUUGCCUUUGACAACCGGAGAUUCUUCUCAGUUACAACAGCUCUCAUGGGUUUCAUUUUUCUGGGAGCAAAUUUUGUUCCUAGUAUCUGGGAUGCUUUCCAGUUUACUGGUGCCACAGCUACGGUCGCUGUGGGUUUCAUUUUUCCAGCUGCCAUCACGCUUAGGGACACUUACGGAAUCGCAACAAAGAAUGACCAGCUAGUUUCAUGGAUAAUGAUAUUUUUUGCUGUGUCGUCGAGCACUAUGGCUAUAUCCAGUGACAUUUACAGCAUUUACAAUGGCAAAGGAGUUAAAAGUUAA